AUGCCCUCCUUCCCAGAGUUGGUAAUUACAUUAUUAAAUGCGCGAAAAUUUAAGGUUUAUGUUACGGGACCAGACCAAGGUAGUACCCGUUACACUAAGGCAAAAGAGGAACAUUGUUGUAGCUGGGGCUACAACCCAUGCGAGGUCCUUAUAAGCGACUGUACCGUGACAGUUUAUACUAAUAUAUUUUUCUUAUUUUCAUAUAAUUUAUGUAAACAUAUAUUUACGUUUAAUAUCGCGUUAAUACUAAUACUAAUAGUAUUUUAG